CGGCGGCUCGACGCGCACACCGCGGCCCGUCUGGAGCGCCCGUGAUAGGGACAGAGGAGGAGAGAGGAGCGGCCCCGCGGAGCGCACAGACAGAGGCGGGGAAGGGAGGAAGGGCAGAAACACCUCAUCACCUCAUCUUCCCCCUGAGUGUCUGGACAGACCCGAAAGACGCGUGUGUGUGUGUGUGUGUGAAGGAGACUCGGUUCUCCUGGCGCGGAGCGCAGCUGCCUGUUGCCCGUGGAAGGUACACGAGAAGGAAGGAUCACGGUGAAAAGGGAGGAGGGGGAUUUCUCUUUUUUUCUUCUUCAGUUGUACACGUCUUAAAAAAAGAAAAAUAACCCGAUGUUGGCAGAGGGCAGACAGGCCCAGGUGGCAACGGCCACCGGCCGGGAGCAGCGGGAGUCGUGCCCGCGCAGCGGCGUCGUGCUCGACCACAGCCGGCGGCACCGCACGGCGUUCACGCGAGAGCAGCUGUCCCGGCUGGAGCAGGAGUACGGCAGGGAGAGCUACGUGUCCAGAGCCCGGCGGUGCGAGCUGGCUGCGGCACUCAACUUACCGGAGUCAACGAUUAAGGUGUGGUUCCAGAACAGAAGGAUGAAGGAUAAACGCCAGAGACACUCCUUGCCAUGGCCUCACCCUCUUGUCGACCCCCUGGGUGCACUCUUGAUGGGCCAUGCCUCUCCUUCCACCACUUUACCGUACCCCUUCAUCCCGUCCCACAUCCCCCUCCACCACUACUCCCCCCUGGCUCUCUCCUCACCAGCAUCCUCAGCUCACAGUCACUACACCGUUCCCAUGAGGUCCCUGGAUGCAUUCCGUCUCUCCCAGUACCAAAACAGACCAAGGGGGCUACCUCAGACAACAGCAGCCCUCUACCCCACCGCCAGCAUUGUGCACCAUCAACCUUCAUGCCCCUGUGCCUUUUGUCUGCAUUGGGGAACAGAACAACUCCUUAAAGCCAGAGGGGAGGCACUGGGACUGAGCCAACCUAAAGGUACAAAGGCCAACAUCGAGUCUGCUGGUCUUGAGCGGAGAGAGGAAAUGGUGUAAAUCCAGACGGAUAAAAGGUUGUCAAACUGCUUUCAAAUAAGCUGCUGCAAAAUGGCAGUACUACUGUACAAGGAGGGGCUUCGCAACUUGCAACAGCUACAGACUGCAGAGUUUAAUGUGUUAAUAUGUAAUAGCCAAAAUUCCCCGCCAAAUUCAAUUUCACUUGGGAUCACACUCCCAGACCAAAGAUGCGCUCAGAUGGAAUGCUCAGCAAAUGGUCAACUCACCGUGUUUUUGAUUUUUAUUCAUCCUCAAGGCUCAAUCUACAAACACUACCAAUGUUUGCCUGACAGCUCAGACUCUGAACGGGAACUUUGUUCUAUGUGUUUGUGAAGAGUUGUCCCUGCAGGUUACCUUAUAGACUCGGAUGAAUCAUUGUUGGAUGGAUUCAAUAUCUAUUGAUUUUAUAUGAAAUCCCCACUCCUAAUUGCUUUGAAUUCAGUCUGAACAUAGCUUAGGACACUUUAAGAGCACAGUGUGUGUACAGCAUAAAUCAACUACAUCAGGUUUCUAUUAUCAAAACAAAAAGUAACAAUGUUCCUGAUGGACAUUAAAAUGCUAGGGUUAAAAGUGUUUUUAAUGAUUCUGUGGUAAUAUUAUGACUAUUUUUUCUUGAAACUGGAAUAUAUUGUCCAAACCAAUGCAAACAUGGUGAAUUAUUAAACAAAGUAGUUUUUAUUAAGGAAAAUCCCACAUUGGCAAUGAUUCUAUCCAACUUUUCCACUUAAACACCCAGCUGUACCUUUUAACCUUACAGCUGUUUUCUGUGGGGGGUGGGGGGGGGGCACCACCUACUCCAACCCACAAUUAUAUGAUUUGGGGAUGGAGGCUGCAUGUCUGCUAUCAAAUUUGUGGACAUGUAUUCUCACAUCCAGUUCAAGCUAAUGUUGCAUUACAACUAAUGAGAAUGGAAAGAAGAAAACUGUAAAGCAUUUGCAGUUUUGAUACCAUUACUUCUAACCCUUUUUGGAAUUCAGUCAAAAACUAUUGUAAAUGUUAGGCAACUAGAACACAUGGCUAAGGGUAUGCAAGGAUCAUGGUUAUGACUUUAAGAAGCAAAUAUGGUCAACUCUUCAAAAUAAAAGCUAUAAGAGAAUUUCUGCACUUUAAUGUAAACCAAAUGCCUUCUUAGACCCUUAUGUUUAUGCUGUGAUAUUUUGGAAGCCCCUACUGACAUGAAGGCCAAGACUCCAGACAAUUCUGUAUCAUAUAUUUCUAUUUCUUAGGGGAGUUUAACCAUAAACUGCAUAUAAAGAUGGACAACACAACACCACUACCUCCCCAAAACAUUCCAGGUGCCACCAUCUUGCACUUUUGACCUCAUUUGGAGCCUGGGAGUGCUGGGGUCUCGAGGACCCACCAAUACAUGUGCUCAACCAAUCACAAGUCACUCUGCUUUCAAAUGUGAUGUUUUAACACGUUAUUAUCAAAUCAAAACCAAAUUAAUAAGAAACAUGAACACUGGAACACUCAUCAGUGUGAUAAGAACCAUCUAAAAUGGCAGAAAUCAUCCUUGAGAAACUUUUAUUUUACACUUUCUUUGACAUUUUAGUCUGGCCCAUUUCCCAUCUUUUAAAAUGGAGGUUUUAUUAAGGAUCGAUAAUGGAGCAAGAAACCAGGGGGUGAGCAAGAUGAUUUGGAUUCACUUUUGCGGAGCUGUCAUGUCGUCCAUCUUUAUAAACAGCCCAAGAGUUAAACUAAGAAAAAGCAACGUGAAGGAGGGUAUUUUAAAUUGGCUGCAAAAGUACAAUUACACAGAGGAAUCCCUUUAAUGUGCAUACUAUAUACUGUAUGUAUAUACAUAUGGAGUUGAUGUUCAUUAUUUUCUCUUCUGUAACUUUACAACUGCUUUUAUUUAUUUGUCACAACUGUAAUGCUUUAAGUAACAUUCACUGACACUCUGGGCUAUGCCAGGGUAAGGAGAGUAGACUUUAUAGUAGUUCACAUUUAAUUCAAGAGCACAUUAAAUUCCUUGUUCAGACAUGAAUCUAGUGGCUAAGUAAGCUAAAGGGCUACACAGGGUGUGCUUCUAGCAGGGUUUCAGUCAUUGUAUGAUUAUGUUAAAAUGCCUUUGUUAACAGGAAUAAAUAUAUGAAAUGUCUUUUAAAAGAUACAGGGAAUAAAUUAUCAAGCAAU